AUGGCUGAGACAGCCAAGGCAGACUACAGAGAAGAUCUAGAACCUGAUACAAACCUGUACAGAGACGUCAAUAUCACAUCCUCAGGAUAUCCUGAAGGCAAUGAUGUCUCUGCACUCAAUCUACUGAAAAGUCUCGCCAGUAUCAUUCGCUUCUACGUCGAGCAAACCCGAUAUCUCACAGCCGUCUUUCUCUGUCUAGACAACAACAAGCGUGUGAGCUGGGUGUAUUUCGACGAAGACAGAAAUACGAUCGGAGCGAGCAACCAAACGCAGAACACAACAUCUACCCUAUCUCGACGUCAAAGCACCAACAACUCGGUAAGCCUUUCAGCCACGCAGCUCAAGACAGACAGCAUCAACGCCAGACCGCGCAUCCAAUUCAAAACCGAAUUCUACGGCCCAGAGGUGAGGCAAGAAUACUACUUCGAAGCCAUCGCCGGUUUGCUACUCGAAUGCGGUCCGUACGCGAAAACCAAUCCACUCACGGAAGAUUUCCACGAAGAAACCGUCCACGAGGUCGCCGUCAGGGUGACGCGCAAUGUCGCGAGGUCGCAUGCACCAGCCGUCUUGACGUCGGAGGAUGUUAUUGACAUGCUGAAGAUAGCUGCGGAGGAGGCGACACAACAGGCGGAGGGGGGAGAGUUGGAGAUUGAGAAUGUGGAUGAGGGGAAGGGGAAGGGGAAUGGUGUUGAUGCAGCGGUGGCUUCGAAGGGGGUUGCUGUGCCUUCGUCGGUGGUGGAGACGUCGUGA